CAGCAUAUGAUGCAAGGAGCUCUUUAAAAUGGAUUUCGGCUCUCCUUUUACUCUGCAGUGCUUGCUGGUGAUAAUAACUGUUACUCAUGGCUCUGUCACCCGGAUUAGUGUGCUCAGUGGCGGCUCAGCAGUCUUUCCUGUGGGAAACCAAAGCCUGCAGACCCUCUCCAGAAUGAACAAGGGGGACGGGGUGUGCUCGACAACUGUCUUAAAUGAUGCUUUGUUGGCCAAGUGCGGCAAUUCUGCCAGUAGGUGCCUGAACUGGCUGAAUGGCUCCCUGGAGCUGAAGAGUGUGGAGAAAGAGGACGAAGGAAAAUAUGAGUUUGUUUUUCCCAAUGCCACCAGUUAUUUUGCACUGGAAGUAUUUGAGCCGACCAUUGGGAUCCAGUGCUUCCCUAAUGGGACUGCGGAGUUGUCCUGCAACGCGACCAGCACCGAGAGCAUGACCUUCCGGUGGCAGCUGAGCGGCAAAGAGCUCAGUGCCCCCGGGGCUUGUGUUAAGGACGGUGGGAGGAAGGUCCGCCUAGACAAAACCGUGCCUGGGGAGUUUGUGUGCGUGGUGUCCCACGGGAGCAGCGUCACGAGGACCAGGCCUGUUGCGCUGUCUUGUAGCUACGGAGACCUGCUGCAGUACCCAUGGUUCAUUUACAUCCUGGCAGGCUGUGCAGUGGGUGUGCUUAUCCUGCUGGUGGUUGUGCCCUCAGUCGUAUGUUGCUGCGUGAAGAGGAAACACAAGUUCAUCCCCGUGCCCUCAGAGGAGGAGAAGGAUGACGGACUAACCAUGUCGGUGGUGUCCAGUGAAGGUGUGAAGAGCCCCCCCAAUGGAGACCACGUCGAGGCUCAAGCUGCCCAAGCUGACCGCCCUCCAAAGCCUGAUGCUGCCCAGACUGGUCAAGGUGUUGAGCCCCAGCCACUGGCAGAAGAAAACUUAGCAGUGCAGAUAGAAGCUGAGGAACUGCCAGACCCUGAGGUCAUAGUUGAUGGGGAAAGCCAGGAAGAUGCCUCAGACUGUUUCCCGGAUCCAGCUGAUGACUGACCUGACAUGCUUGCUGUUCCACCCUGAAGCCUGUGACACUUGUCCUUUGCAUCCCAUAGUCUCAUUGUGUGUAAGAAUCGGUCUGGCAAAUUUUAGCAGGGAAAAGACGUGAGGUGUCAGACCUUCUAACCUCAUUUAAAAAGAAAAAAAGGAAAUAUAAGGAAAAGCACACCCGUGGCUUCAAGGCCACACUGCCAUGCGCUGACAGGUUCACUAACAAACAAAACUGGGCAGCUCCUUGAUGCUUUGCCUGAUAACAGAGCUGCAGCUAAACCGUGGAGCCCCAGGUGACAGCCUGAAACAAGCUGGGCGGUUCCUCCUGCUCCCUGCCCACCCAAUGCCUUGCCAUGUCUUUGCCAGCCAAGGACAGGCAUGACAGGGGGAUUGUGGUGGCCUGCCAGUCCCAGACAUAAACUAAGGACCUGCCAGAAAUUUCCCGAGAAAGAAAAAAAUCUCCUCUUGGGAGAUUUCAAGGCAUUUUUUCACAGGCCCUGCAAAAGAAACUCAGUGGAGGUUUCAGCCAGGGAUCUGUGUGCAGGGUGUUUAUCCAAGCUCCACACCCUCUGUGAUCUGGCCCUCACUGCUUGCUGCCUGGGGCCAGGAGCAGUGGUGGGGGCUGUAGGGUGAUAACUGGCUUUGCUCCCCUUUUGGUGCCCUUUCACCAGGGUCCUGCUUGGAUUAUCUGUGAGCUAAACCAGCACCGUCACCAACUGGCCUCCUGCAGCAGGAGGGUGCCUGGGGCCUGGGUGCAAAACUCUGGCAGAAACAUUGAUUAUAGUGCUGAGAUUGUUUAUCAGUGCAAGCAUUAGUGCCUUCAGUGUAAUGGUUUAGCUACUGCAAGCUGAAGCUGGCCAUCUGCCCGUGCAUGUAGGCUUGUUUGGUGCUGUGCUAUUUGCACAGACAGCAGCAAUUUAUAGCAUCUCUUAGGCAAGUCUCGCUGCUACGCAUGUCCUGUUCUGCUCAGGGGAGGUUUGCACGUGGAGCAGCUGGGGUAGACCUGCAGGGAAGAAGGAUGAGGUGAGGAGAGGGCAAGGGCUCUGUCCCAGGCAGCAGGUGGCUGAGUCCCUGGCACAGCUGCCCCGGGGCUGCAGGAUGCGCUGCCGGAGCAAGGUAUUUACCACACAAGACAAUUUUGACAGUCAGAAGUGAGGCAUGUUGGUGUUAAACUAGCCCAAUGAGCUAGAAAUGCAUGGUAGAGCAACAUAUUUUGCAUAUGGUACAUAUUGAGAUCAAAAGGGAUGGGGAGGUGUAUGUUGCAUCCCUCUCUUCCCUUGUCAUUUCUCCCCUGUUUUAUAUCGUGCUGACGUUGUGCUGUGAAUCCCUCGGAAACGGAUUUAAGAUGUGCCUUGUAAAUACCAUCCAACGAGGUCUGUGAGUACCCCAGCAAAAUGCAGGGUGAACUGAACGCUUCUCUUCCAGGUGAGGGAGCUGGUGGGAUGGCUGCACGCUUCCCUGGGAGUCCUUUAUCUGUGUGUUCGUGUCAAGGCUCUGCAUCAGUGACACCCAACCUUAGGUGAUUGUUCUUGUUGUUUCCUUGUCCUGUGAUUCUCUUUAGAAGAUUUUUUGGAUCUUGUGAGCUGUGUUGGUGGUGACUCAGCCUGUCUCUGUUUUUUAAGGCUGCCACAGCAAUCGGAUUUUCCACGGUAGGAGUGAGAUGAUAAUUCUCUUCCUUAUGGUGCUGCACUGUCUCCUUUCAGUACAAACAUUCCUCAAAAGCUAUGAGUUGAGUGACAAACAUGUGACACUGAGUGCUUGGGGUGGCAGCUGCCCGCAGGCAGCACAGGAGCAGCUGGGUGGAGAGUGUCAGUGGGUCAGUGUCACCAAAAUGGGGGGGCGGAGGCAGCUUUGCUUUAGUUCUGCACAUUCUGGCAGGGGCAGGCAGGGGACAGUCGACUCCAGCAUAUGCUUCAAAGGCUGAAGGGUGCUCUGAGGUGCACUGAAGAAGGUGGCAGUGUUUAGGUGCUCAGGGGGAGAGAGCUGGGCCAGCCUUGUCCUGCAGGGCUGGUGCAUCCCAGCUCCAACUCGCCCUAGUGCCACCUUCCUGCUGUGAGCCCUGGGAGGGCUGGGGGUGCCUGGGUGGCUGUUAACACCACCACUAGAGUAACCCCAGUCUGGGAAGGAUUUUUCCCAUUGAGAUGGGAGUCUGAGAUGCAAGAGGUCUUUAUGAGGCAGAUGGGACACGGCUGGUUUUCUGUCCUUUCCCACUGAAGCUGCCAUUCAGCAAUGGGGCAAAAGUUUUGUAACUUUGGGGUCAGGAGAGAAGUGCUGCAGCCUGUGCUCUUCCUUUAACUGUAUGUGUUUGUGCCCAGCUAUUGUUCCUUUCUGGUGGUUCCCCUCCCUUUCCUUGCCAUGGUUUUGUUCCAAAUAAAAAAAAAUA